AUCUGAUGUUUUAGUAUUUUGAAGGUACGUCAAUUUGACGAUUCUAUAAUGUAUAAUCCGGUAAAUAUCUUGUUUUUAGAAAGUUUAAUCCACGAGGACGUUAAUUAAGUUUUAGUUUAUAUAAUUACAUGCAUUUGUUAAGUGUAGUGAAAGGCUUACAGAUUGUAUUGUUUUGUUUGUGAUUUCCGAUAAUUUAGCGAUCCAUUGUCAUACAAAAAAAAUAUAUUUUUAAUUAUAAAAUAUACUUUACGUCCAUGUUACAAGUGAAUAAAAUAUCAUUACGGUGAAUAUUUAUGCUACUUUUGAGCUUCACGAAGACCAACGACAUUCAAGGAUUAUAAUUACAAAGUGCAUAAGUUUCAAUACAAAUGGGAGUUAAAUAAAUAAAUUAACCGGUGCACAGGAUUAGCGCCAUAAUAAUUGAUUCAUUAUUUGAGUAUAUAGUAAUAGUUGCGUUGACUAUCAUGACAGACACUAGACGAAGAGUCAAGCUUUACGCUCUGAACACUGACCGACAGUGGGACGACAGAGGAACGGGGCAUGUUUCAUCAUGUUAUGUGGAACGAUUGAAAGGAACCUCAUUACUUGUAAGGGCAGAGUCAGAUGGAACACUUCUGCUAGAGAGCAAAAUACAGCCCGACACAGCUUAUCAGAAACAGCAAGAUACUUUGAUAGUAUGGUCAGAAGGAGAUAAUUUUGACUUGGCAUUAAGUUUUCAAGAAAAAGCUGGCUGCGAUGAAAUAUGGGAGAAAAUAUGUCAGGUUCAAGGAAAAGAUCCCUCUGUUGAAAUUACACAAGACAUUGUAGAAGAGUCAGAAGAUGAGCGUUUUGAUGAAAUGUCAGAUAGUGUACAGCCAGUAGAGCUACCAGCAUGUGAAAUGGGUCGGCUGGAAGAUAUAAGUGAAUUAGUGAACAGUUGUCUUGUGUCACCUGCUAGAAAAGAUAAAUUAGCUGCAGCUUUGGAGACACAGCAUUACAUUAAGAAACUUCUAAAUCUCUUUCAUAUGUGUGAAGAUAUUGAAAAUAUUGAGGGACUUCAUCAUCUCUAUGAGAUAUUUAAAAGUAUAUUUCUUCUCAAUAAAAACACACUUUUUGACACAAUGUUUGCAGAUGACACUAUAUUUGAUGUAGUUGGCUGUUUAGAAUAUGAUCCCAGCUUACCCCAACCUAAAAAACACAGGGAAUACCUUAGAGAGCUAGCUAAAUUCCGAGAGGCCAUUCCUAUUAAGAAUAAGGAUCUGUUGGCAAAAAUACAUCAAACUUACAGAGUACAAUACAUCCAAGAUAUAGUUUUGCCCACACCAACUGUCUUUGAGGACAAUCUGCUAAGCACAUUGUCCAGUUUUAUAUUUUUUAAUAAGGUAGAAAUAGUAAAACUUAUAGAAGAGGAUGAUAAAUUUUUAACAGACUUAUUUAAAUUGCUGAUGGAUGAUAAGACACCCAAUGUCAAAAGGCGAGACUUAGUUCUAUUUUUAAAAGAGUUUUGUAAUUUUUCACAAAACUUACAACCUCAAGAUAAAGAUGCUUUUUAUAAGACAUUAGUUUCAUUGGGAAUCCUGCCAGCUUUAGAAAUAACUCUAGGCAUAGAUGAUCAGAAGACCAAGACUGCAUCAAUAGAUAUCUUAACUUAUAUUGUUGAAUUUUCACCCUCAGUUGUGAGGGAUUAUACGUUACAACAAGCUAACAACACAGAAGAGGAGCAAAUGUUGUUAAACAUUGUGAUAGAACAGAUGCUUAGGGAUCAAGACCCUGAGCUUGGUGGUGCGGUACAAUUAAUGGGUGUCUUACGUAUCCUUCUUGAUCCAGAGAGUAUGUUGGCUUCUGUCAACAAGAGUGAAAAGGCAGACUUUCUAAACUUCUUUUAUAAACAUAGUAUACAAACACUUAUAGCUCCGUUACUUGAAAAUACAACUGGAGAGAAGCCUUUAAAAGAAGAUUAUCACACAGUUCAACUUUUGGGUUUGGUACUUGAACUACUUUCUUUCUGCUGUGAACAUCACACAUACCAUAUCAAAACAUGCAUAUUAAAUAAGGACCUUCUCCGUCGUAUAUUGGUGCUUAUGAGAUCAACACACACAUUCUUAGUGCUUGGUGCACUAAGGUUUAUGAGGAAAAUCAUUGCUUUAAAAGAUGAAUAUUACAAUCGGUACAUCAUCAAAGGGAAUCUCAUUGCACCAGUUAUAGAUGCUUUCCUUAGGAAUAAUGGCAGGUACAACUUAUUAGAUUCAGCUAUAUUAGAGUUAUUUGAGUUCAUCAAAUUGGAAGAUAUAAAAUCUCUCUGUUCACAUGUUGUCGAAAACUAUGGGAAGAUCUUAGAAGAUGUUGAAUAUGUACAAACAUUUAAAGCUUUAAAAACACGGUAUGAUCAGCACCAGGAUAAAUUGAAGGAAAGAGAUAGAGUGAGUGGUAGCGUGGCGGUAGCGGAGGCGGUGGUACCGUCGCUGCUGCGCUCGCGGUAUCGUCGCGAGGCGCGCCAGCCCGACGACGAGGAGGAGAUGUGGUUCAACGACGACGACGAGCUGGAGGACGACGCGCCGCUCGACAGCGCGCAGGUCCACCCGCACCCGCACACGCACGCACACCAUGCGCUCGAUGCCAUCGGUAAAAUAGUCGAAAAGAAAGUAUGUUCGAGUACUGAAAGCGUGAAUGGUCCCAGCAGAGUGCUAUUGAGCACAACGACCGCCAGCAAGUCGGCACACACCGACGUUCAGGUAUCCACGCCCAGAUUACUCAAUAAGGGUCUCGUGGACUAUGACGGCGACUCGGACGAGGAGGAGGAGGGGGGCAGCAGCAGCGCGGCAGCAGACGAACGCGACGCGAAGCGACCGCGCCUGGCGUAGUGUCCGUUCCACCCCGACCUCCUGUUUCAAGGAAUAUAACUCCCGUCUCGCUCAGCUGUGCAAGGAACGCACAUGUAAGAAUACGUUCACUAUCUAGGAGCAGAUGCGACUUGUAACUCUACGAUUACUCGAAACCGCUAGGCGGAGAAGUACUUCUAGCUGUGUUAUGUCCACUUCAUGUAAAUACGAGUGACACUCCAGUUCCACUUCACUAGUUAGAGUAUGAAAUUUUUCAUACGGCGUAGUGUAAUUGUAAUUCCUUCGGACGGUAUUGAAAAUUUAGAACAAAUAUCGGUUAUAAAAUGUAUAAUUAUAUAUGUGAAAUAAUUUUAACGGCUAGGUUACGUUUCUGAUGGAUUGUUAAUUAACAAAAGUACAAAGGAUAUAUUACGAGUGGGAUUUAAAUUUUUAUAAUAAAAAUACUAAAGUCGAUCGCCGAAAUUGGUAUGUGUAAAUGUAUUUUGUAGAGACCUUACUUAGUUUGUCACGAUGACCACGAGACCAAUGUUUUUAAGGAGUCUGUAAUAAUAAAUGUGGAAUUGCUACACAGUAGUGGUUUCUUUAAUUUAACGAUUAUUAUUUAUCUAUCAAACAAUCUAUAAUUGUCUAGCCAUUGUUAAUUUUGCACAAUAAUUUAAUUGCAUUCCUUUGUCUUUCAUUGAGUUUCCCAGAGAUUUAUAUUUUACUUGACAUUGAGCUGUGAAUCAUUUUUUUACUCAAAAUAAAAUAGACGACUUACUAAUUAAAAUCAACACAAUUUAACUAAUUAUAAAUCACACAAUAUGUUAUAAUUU